AUGGCAUACUCAGCAAUGAAAUCUCUUGCCUUGGUUUUCCUUGGACUUUCCAUCACCGUACUGGCUGGCUCUGUACAAGUCUCGACUGUUGAUGGUCGACCUCAGUGUACGGUUACGGCAAACGGAGACAAGAAAAGCGACGUUGAGAAUAUUUUGGCGGCAUUUGAUAAGUGUGGCAAAUCAGGAAACAUAGUCUUCCCCAAAGACCAAAAUUACUGGAUUGAUCAGAAGUUGAAUCCGCGUGUUAACGAUGUGAGGAUUCAAUGGCGAGGAGAGUGGACGUUCUCGGAUAAUCUUACCUACUGGCGCUCCAACUCAUAUUUCAUUGAGUUCCAGAACCACCGUGCUGGUUUUAUUCUCAGUGGAGACGGUAUCUACAUUGAUGGUUUUGGAACAGGUGGUAUCCAUGGCAAUGGUGACGCCUGGUAUACGGCCGAAGCUGGAGAGACUAUUGAGGGCCGCCCAAUGCCUUUCGUGUUCUGGAAUGUCAGCGAUGUCACAGUCAAAAACUUUUACAUCAGACAACCCCAGUUCUGGGCGUAUAACAUUAUGAACGGGACGAACAUGUACUUUGAGAAUAUCAGCAGCAAUGCUACUGCGACGAAAGCCCCGGCUAGGUACAACUGGGUGCAGAAUACAGACGGGUUUGAUACCAUGGACGCGCGCAACAUCCGUGUCAAAGGUUUCGAGUACACGGGUGGAGAUGACUGCGUGGCCAUCAAGCCUCGAUCCUACAACAUUCACUUGGAGGAUGUCACCUGCCAUGGAGGCAAUGGGAUCGCCAUCGGAAGUUUAGGACAAUAUCUCGAGGAUUCGAGUGUGGAAGAUGUCGUCAUGAACAAUUUGCUACUGAAACGAACAUCAAUCGACAUGCGCUUCGGUGUCUACAUCAAAACUUGGAUUGGGGAGCUUGCACCUCAAAGCCACUAUGAAAAUGCUGGACAGCCGCGCGGCAGGGGUUGGGGCCGUGUUCGCAACAUUCUGUUUUCAAAUGUCCAUUACGAGAGGGUCAACAACGCACCGUCUAUUCACCAGAACAACGGAAACAAUGGCUCGUUUGCUGGGACUAGUAACAUGGAAGUUUCACACGUUACCUUUGCCAACUUUACAGGCACGCUAUCUGGAACUUCGAAUCGGGUCAGCCUUACUUGCAGCCAACGACAUCCCUGUGGAAACAUCACAUUCAAGGACAUUAAUCUUCUCACAUCAAGCGGCACAAACACAACUUGCACUGGGAGGUGGACAGUGCCUGAAACAGUUACUGGGCUUUCAGGAUGUUGA